CGCUAAUUUUGCACGAAUAGUUGCCGGAGCGGAUUUCUAUACAGGGUAUAACAAGUACUGUUUUUUUCACCAUAAGUUGUCGUGAUUUGUGCUUUAAUUUUCAGUUAACAUUGAUUAAUUUUCAGUUAACUAUAUAAAGUGCUCGCAAUGAACGGCUGCUCAGAUAUGUCGCAGAACCUCACUACUAGAGUCGUUAAAUAUAUAGGACGACAGACGCCCUUGCACUACAACAAGUGUUUUUAUCCGAAUAUCUGUCAUGUGUGCAAGUCACCAAACGGAGGCGCAUUGCUAUUGUGUGGACGGUGCCGCAUGAUUUCGUACUGCAGCGUCAAGCACAAAAUGCAGCACAUGUGGCAACAUGAGGACAUCUGUUCAAUUAUAGAAAAAUUGUUAAAAGAGAAUCCGUGGUACUACACACGCCGUUUAACCGCAUCUGAAUGGUUACGAUCGAGGGAAGAACUAAAAAAUUUAGUCAUAAACAAACUGCACCGGCCAUUGGAGACAUACGAGUGGGAGAUGUUCAUGCGCGCAAAAUCGUGUUUUAUUUGUCAUCGACAGGCCAAUUUGCGUGCCUGCGGUAUUUGCUUUUCCGCCAAUUAUUGCUCCAGGCAUUCAGAAGAUUUUCACAGAUACCAUAGAUCUAUUUGCAAGGAACUCCUAGUAGCCCUUAAUUCAUGUAUCCUUAUGGGAAUUACCAAACAAUCGAUGAAAUUUAAAAAAGUUUCUAACUUUACGUGGAGCAACGAGUGUCCUUUAAAUAUGCUUGAGUUUAUUGGAUUGUACUUACAUCGUAAUAACAGAAUCUGGGCUACAAAUCCCUGGACUAUCGAUCUUUUUAAAGUUAACGAUUUCAAAUAUUCUACAUAUGCGUCAGAUUCGCUUACAUUGUACUACGGAAUGAAGGAUGCAAAUUUGGUACACCUUUUGUCGAAACCUGUCUGUGUCAUUCAUAUUGUCCACCCUAGAAUUGUAUGUAAAUCUUUUUUUCAAGCCUGGGAGCUUUCAUUGCAUCUCUUGUGUCCUGAUGUACAGAAAAUAAUAAUUGUAUUAAUAGGAUCAGAAUUAUCGUUUAGAUCGCGUACACUCAAAAUGUGCGCUGAAUGCCGUGCACGUAAGAAAAGUAUUAUUAUUGAAUAUUAUCCGAAGAUGUAUGAAAAUUAUGUCGUAUGUACGGAAUUUAGACGCCCGAAUAAUCAAAAUUGUCCGUUACUUUUCACAACAUUAUUUAAAUGGGAAACAGAACAGUUGGUAACUAAUUUCUAUAACGUUCUGGGUACUACUACACAACCUCUUUUGGUUACAAAAAAUAGAUUCAGCUCUCUCAUUCCAAAUGUUUGUCAUGUUUGCAAGUCUGUAAACGGAGGUAUAUUGAUAUGGUGUAGUCGUUGCAGUAUGAUUUCGUACCCUGAAUUGGACCACAAAAGGACUGACCGAAAUCAACACAAGCAGAUCUGCAAAGUUUUAGUGAAAUGUUUAGAAGAGCGUCCGUGGAACAAAACGAGCAAUUUAACCGAAUGGUAUUCAUUUACACAGGAACUAGCGAAUUAA